AUGGCGUUAGGCAGGAAGGGUCGCAAUGUCGACAAUACUACCCACGAAAUUGACCCCAACUCCAUCACCAAGGAGGGGGGCCAGUACUACGACGCGGAAAGUCAUGAGGAGAAGGGAGGUCGCAAGAUGAGCAGGGUAGCUGGUGUCAUGGGCGGCGAGUCUGAUCAAGACUCCCAGCUGGGCGUGGGAAAACAAUUGGAGCUCGAGGCAACCAACUCCAUAAAGUACAGAACAUGCUCCUGGCAAAAGACUGCUGCGUUACUCUUCUCGGAGUAUAUCUGUCUGGCUAUCAUGUCAUUCCCUUACUCCUACUCCGUUUUGGGGUUGGUUCCGGGUCUAAUUGUCACGGUGGUUAUUGCCAUGUCCGUGCUGUACACGUCCUUGAUUGUUUGGGAAUUCUGUCUCCGUCACCCCGAAAUUCGAGACGUUUGUGAUGUCGGCCAAAUGCUUUACUUUGGAUGGACAUGGGUCUGGUACUUUACCGCCGCCAUGUUCCUGCUCAAUAACACCUUCAUUCAGGGUCUUCACGUCUUAACUGGCGCCAAAUAUUUGAAUACCAUGAGUGGUGGCGCAGUAUGCACUGUUGGCUUUUCCGCAAUCUGGGCUGUCCUUUCCUUCUUUUCCUCUCUCCCGAGGACGUUCGACACUCUUUCGAAGCUUGCGACCCUUUCGGCUUUUUUCACGUUCGUCUCUGUUCUUUUAGCAGCCAUCUUUGCCGGGAUUGAAGCUCAUCCCUACGGUUACAAUUCGCCAGACGGCGGCAAAGACGGCCUAAUGACUGGGAACCCCAUAGUCUUGGUCAUUCCAGCUGCAGGGACCGGUUUCGUCAGCGGAAUGAAUGCUUUUUUGAACAUCAGCUACACCUUCAUUGGUCAAAUUACGAUACCGAGUUUCAUAGCUGAGAUGAAGGAACCCAAGGACUUUCCCAAGGCGCUUUGGGCCGUCACCAUCUGCGAGAUCAUUGUGUUCUCUUUGACCGCAUCAAUCGUGUACGUCUACACCGGGACACAAUACAACACAGCUCCCGCCUUUGGAUCGCUUGGCAAUGAGUUGUACAAAAAGGUGUCAUUUUCGUUCAUGAUUCCAACUUUGAUCUUUUUGGGUGUCCUCUACGCCUCUGUGUCUGCACGCUUCGUCUUCUUCAGGAUCUUCGAGGGUACGCGCCACAAGGGAAACCAUACCGUCGUUGGCUGGGCGACAUGGGCCGGUAUCCUGGCUUGCACUUGGAUCGCCGCUUUCAUCAUCGCCGAGGUCAUUCCGUUCUUUUCGGACUUGUUGUCAUUGAUGAGCUCACUCUUUGACUCGUUCUUCGGCUUCAUCUUCUGGGGCACUGCCUACAUGAGGAUGCGGCGCGCCGACUAUGGCCCUGGGUGGCUUUCGAAACGAGGUAUCCGAGGGAUUUCUGGCUUUAUUCUGAAUGUCAUACUCAUUUGUAUCGGUCUAUUCAUGUUGACUGGUGGAACCUAUGCUACGUGCCAGAGUAUCGUGAACAAUUACAAAGACGGCCUCGUCACUGGUGGUCCUUUCACUUGCGCCAGUAACGGACUGUAG